UCUGCUCACCUGGCGCUCUUCUUCACACCGAGGUGCUAAUGCCCCGGCCUCCAGCUGCAACAGGGCCCUUGGUGUGUCUUGCCACGGAUAUCCCACUUUUGACAGGAGGUUGCUAAUCUCUCCAUCUCCCAUGCACCUGGGACCUUCCUGGACGCUCUCCCUGUUAUUGUUGCUUCAAAAGCCCUUCUCUGAAGAUGCUGACUCCCCAGUGGGGCAGCCUUUGGGUCAUCCUGGGCGUCCUGCUCUUCCACUCAGUGGGAGGCAUCCUUCGCCACUGCCAGGAGAGCGGCUGGUGCCGGGAUAUGGACACCGAAGCGGAGGUGAUGGAAUGCAUCAAGGCCUGCCGAGCGGCCCUCUCCCAAGAGUCACCUGUGAAUCCUGGUGAAAGCCACCUGCAGCCUCUCUCCAAGAACGUGCGGAAAUACGUCAUGAGCCAUUUCCGCUGGAACAGGUUUGGGAAGAGCAACAGCAGCGACUUGGGCCCCAAGAGGGAAGAUCUCCCCCGAGGCUCCUCCCGGGAAAUAGCGCCUGCUUCUUCAGAAGCCCAAGAUGUUUGGGAAGGUGACCGGGGGUACCUGGAAAGGCAAGAAGGCAAAAGAUCAUAUGCGAUGGAGCACUUCCGGUGGGGGAAGCCCGUAGGCCGGAAGAGGCGACCCAUCAAAGUCUACCCCAACGGGGUGGAAGAGGAGUCAGCGGAGAGUGAUCCCCAGGAGGUCAGAAGAGACCUUGCCUGGGAAUGGGACUACCCUGAAUAUGAGAUCCCCGAGGAAAAGAAGAACAGCGAAGCUGCCAUGUUUGAGGAGGAGGCGGAGGAGCCUCCAGAAGAGGCCAAGAAAGAUGGCACUGCGUACAAGAUGCGCCACUUCCGGUGGAACGCCCCGCCCAAGGACAAGCGUUACGGGGGCUUCAUGACAUCCGAACAGAGCCAUACGCCCCUAGUGACUCUUUUCAGAAACGCCAUCAUAAAAUCGGCCUAUAAAAAAGGCCAAUAAGAGUGUAGGGCACCCCAUGUCCUAGUCGGUCCCCGGCCUAGAUUUCUCUGGCACAUGAUGUUUCAUUUAGAUACCGUUAAAGAUGACAGUUAUUUACAUUGUUCUUACUUAUUAUAUAAUUAAGGAACUCGCUGCUUAGGAGACACUUUCAUGUUUGCAUUCUGGUUCUGAAUGUACAAAUGAUUGGGUGGGGAGGGGGAUGAGCUGUCGUCCAUUGCAGACGUCUAAGGCAGAGCAAAGUGGGGUGGGUAUCUUUCAGAAGGGCAGAGUAUUUUCUUAUUUUAAACCAGUUGUACAAUACUGUAAAUGAAAGGAUUAAAGAUAUAAAAUAAUAAUUGUACUAACGAUGAUGAUAAUUACAAUAAUACAUCUUUUGCAAGCUAAA